AUGGCUUCAAUGACCCAAUCUCCAGUGUCAAUCACGGGAAAUUUGGCUUCCAAACCCUCUGCUUCAGAUCUUCUUAAGAGUUCUAGUAAUUCUAUUUGUGGUGUACCCCUAAAAGCACUUGGAAGGGCCCAACUAGGAGCAAAACGGAGAGACUUUACUAUCUCUGCAAAGGUUAGGAAAGUGAAAAAGCACGAAUAUCCAUGGCCAGAAGAUCCUGACCUGAAUGUGAAGGGUGGAGUCCUCAGCCAUCUCUCACCCUUCAAGCCUUUGAAAGAGAAGCCAAAGCCAGUAACCUUGGAUUUUGAAAAGCCUCUUAUGGAUCUGCAGAAGAAAAUUGUUGAUGUGCAAAAAAUGGCAAAUGAAACUGGGCUGGACUUCAGUGAUCAAAUUAUCUCGCUAGAGAACAAAUAUCAACAGGUUUAG